AGUGUGAUGAAAUAGAAAACAAUUGAGAGCAUCGACCAAAUAAAGUCGCCAGGGAUUUGUAGAAACUAUAGGUUGUUCAGCAGUGAACAUGAAGAUAAUACUUUCUGUGAAAAGUUAUUUCAAGUGAAGAGAAAUGUAAAGGAAACAGCUAAAAAUAGGAACUGGGGCUGAUGCACAAAUCUGAUCGCCUUAUCAGAGUUUCCACAGGGGCACGGUAAGCCUACCUCCACAGCAUCACCUCCUCUCAUGGAAUUUAGACAGAGGGCUGAACAUCUGAGAGAAUAAAUACAAGCUGCUUUCAAAGAUAUUUUAGAAUUUUCAACCUAGCCCGCCCUGAGGAAACCUGUUUCGAGAAAAUGAAGCAAGUUCUUGUGGUGUUGAUUUGUCUCAGUAUUGUCACCUCGGUUAUAUUAGCAGGCCCAACUCCAAUACGGAAGAACUGCUGCCGGAAAUACUCAAAAUCAAUCCCUGCCUUCAGGAACAUUAAGGAAUAUCGCAUUCAGGAAAAUAAUGGUCGCUGCAGAAUUAAGGCUGUGGUAUUCACAGUAAAACGAAGGCAGGUCUGCUCAAACCCGGAUGAUAGUUUAGUGAAGGAACUUCUGAAAAAACUUUCCCAAAAUGAACAAAAGAGAUGAAGAUAUUGAUUCCCUGUGAAUGACAUGGGCAUCAGAAUAUUUGACGCUGGACGAAAGUUACCAUAAAACGCCUUAUAAGUUCAUCUUUCAACAUUUUAUAUACUUUUCCUUGUCAUCAGAAAGUUCAUAAAAGCAAGAAACUUUAAAUACCCCAGCUAAAUUUGUUGAAUCAACAUCAGUCAAAUAUAAUACCACUUACUGUUGGUGCUGCUUUAACACAUCACUGAUUUACAUCACAGCUUUUAUUAAUGCUACAAGACGUGGAUUGGAUAGAGUGUGCCUGUCUCCAAGGACAAUGGACAAUUUGUAGUUUCUUAUUGAUUAAGUGUUGAAUUUCCCCCAUUUCUAGAUCUAAUAUUCUUACUAGGUUGACUGAAGGCAGUGGCCACUGUUGGCACAUCAGUCUCUGAGCUAGCAGAAGAUGUGUAACCCAGUAAGCAAUCAGCAUGGGUACACCCAGUAGGUGUGGCCAUUCCAGUCCCUGGAAAGCCAGCCAAGUGAUCAAAUUCUGGUUUUGUAAAAAAAAACUUCCACUUCUCUGAAGCAGGGCAAAUCUUACGUUAAAAAAAAUAAAAUUUUGAAAGUGAAAUUAAAACCCUUGUAACGACUGAUCCAUAGAGAAUUAUCCUAUUUUAGCCAAUUGCACAUAUAAAAUGCUAGUUUGUCACAAUUAUUAAUUUGUAGAUUUUAACUGUCAUAUAAUGUGGUGAAGCUGAAUAUGUAACAUAGAAUUAUAGAUAAAGAAAUCCAUUGUUCACAAAACAAAAAUCAUUUACGACACCAUCUUAUAUUAGACGGUCUUUACUGCCAGGCUUCAUUUUUCUUUGAUUAAGUUAACAUAUUUCAGAAAGAGAUUGAAUUAAAGCAGUGUGCCAUUUAGUUGGCUGGAUAAAGUAAAGUUGGUCUUCUUUCAUGACUAUAUGUAUAAUAACUUUGAAUCUGCACUGGAAUGCACGUGAAAAUGUUUCUUUUCAAAUUAUUCUUCGAUACUACUUGUUCAACUUCAUUGAUAAAGUCAGGGAAUGCAGUUAAAAAAAUGAACAAUAUAUGGCCUGAAACGUCAGCUUUUGUGCUCCUAAGGUGCUGCUUGGCCUGGCUGUGUUCAUCCAGCUUCACACAUUGUUAUCUUAUUAUGGUAUUAUUUAUUAUGUUUGCAGUUUGCCUCAGUGUGAUUUGGAAUUCCAAUAUUGUUCCUUCAAUCAAUUGUCAUUCUGGUCUGUUAUUCGCCUUGUAUCAAGUUGCCAGUUUACAGACUUCCCAAGUUUUUAUGACAAUGUGUACACUUAAAAGAUAUGCAUGCACUGCAAAGAAAUGUGAGGUUCUAUUCCAAGCUUGAAUUUUAACACUUGCACCUAAUG